UGCGGUUGUGCUCCUGCUGCUCUAGCAAGGGGUCACUCCGGUCUGGACUGAAGCGGGUGCUAGGGCAGGGGAUGGGACUGAACCGGACCCCACGCAACUGCAAUCCCACCACCCAUGGGUGACCCUAUCUCUCCCCCAGGUUCGGGGCUGGUAGAGGUGGGGGCACACUGGAUCCAUGGGCCGUCAGAGGGGAACCCCGUCUUCUGCCUGGCCUCCCGCUAUGGCCUGCUGGGCCCCAGUGCUGCUGAAGAGGAGAACCAGCAGGUACAGGCCGGAGGGCACCCGCUCCUGCCCUCCAUCACCUACGGCAGCUCGGGGAAGGUGCUGAGCCCUGAGCUGGUGAACAGCACCCGCACCAUCUUCUCCGACCUGCUUCAGUCCACCCACGCCUUCCUCCAUGCUGACGGGCUCCCUGCUCCCAGCGUGGGCCAGUACCUCCGGGCAGAGAUCGCCCGGCUGGCCCCCACCUGGGACGGGGACGAGGAUGUCAAGCGGCUCCGGCUGGCCAUCCUUAACGCCUACUUCAAGCUGGAGUGCUGCAUCAGUGGGACCCACAGCAUGGACCUGGUGGCCCUGGGGCCUUUUGGGGAGUACACCACGCUGCCCGGCCUCGACUGCACCUUCCCAGGUGGCUACAGCAGCCUCCCUGAUCGCAUGCUGUCAAAUCUGCCCGAGGGCACCGUCUUGCUCAACAAGCCAGUGAGGACCAUCUGGUGGCAAGGGUCCUUCUGUGAGGAUGGAGACACAGAGAAGGAGUUCCCUGUCCGGGUGGAGUGUGAGGAUGGCGACUCCUUCCUCGCUGAUCACGUCAUUGUCACCGUCCCGCUAGGUUUUCUCAAAGAACGCCACCAGGACUUUUUCCAGCCUCCUCUCCCUGAACGGAAAGCGGAAGCCAUUCGCUGUCUUGGUUUCGGCACCAACAACAAGAUCUUCCUGGAGUUUGAGGAGCCAUUCUGGGACCCACAUUAUCAGCUCCUUGAAGUGGUGUGGGAGGAUGAGUCACCUCUUGCAGAGCCUAGCACUGACCUGGAAGCCAACUGGUUCAAGAAGCUCAUCGGCUUUGUGGUUAUCCAGCCACCAGAACAGUAUGGGCAUGUCCUUUGCGGCUUCAUUGCCGGGAAGGAGUCGGAGUACAUGGAGACCCUAAGCAACACAGAAGUUCUCAGUACCUUGACACGUGUCCUUCGUAUGCUGACAGGGAACCCACACCUACCUGCUCCCAGGAGCAUACUCAGAUCCCGGUGGCACAGCGCUCCCUACACCCGGGGCUCAUACAGCUACGUGGCCGUUGGCAGCUCGGGGGAGGACAUUGAUGUGCUGGCUCAGCCCCUGCCCGAGGAUGCAUCUGACCGCAGGCCGCUGCAGGUCCUCUUCGCUGGCGAGGCUACGCACCGCACCUUCUACUCGACCACACAUGGGGCCCUGCUGUCGGGCUGGGGGGGGGGUGGGCGCCUCAAUAACCUCUACGGAGCCACCGAGGCACCCUGCCCCGCAGCCCGGCUCUGACAUGGGACCUCAGGGACUGGCAGGCAACACACACACACUCAGGAGGGGAGAAUAAAUCUUUGUUUUAGA